CAUAGCAUACCCCACCACACAUCUUCCAAUACCAUCAUCAAUCCAAAACUGAGUCUUUGGCUUAGAAGCACCAUGAAAUUGUCCUCUCCUUACCACUAAUGCCAAUUCUCAAACUUUGAGAAACAAGAAGCACAAACAAGUAAUUUUCAACCAAUUUUCAAACCACAAUUUUUCACUUCUCUCUUUCAUUUCAGUUUUCUUACAUGUUGCAUCACUGCCAUAUUGGAACAUCAAAAGGGGUUUCUUCCUUUUGAACCCUUAGACUUAAAGAUUUUUUCUUUUCUUUUCUUAUCAUUCUUUCGGGGUUUUCAUAAGCCCUUGAAUCUAGAAGAGAAACAUGUCUCCCAUGUCAACUAUUCCAAUUCAUAGACCUGAAUUUGGGACCUUAUUUUUCAAUGGGUCUCCAAGCCCUUAUAAAUGUUUGAGAGUUGCCUCGUCAUGGACCAUGGCCAUGGAUUCAAAAUUUUCUCCGACAAAGAAGAAUAGUAUUAAUAAUGAUUAUAGUAUGAAGAAGAAGGAAGAACUCUCUAUGCAGCUUUCAACUCCACCCAUUUCCAAAGUGGAAAUUUUAAACUCCAACGAUCUCCAAUUUGAUCGGUUGCAGCCAUCGGAUCAAGAAUUGGGUCGAGUAAAUAGGUUUGAGUUUGGGCAAUUUGUUGCACGAGAAGCUGUGCUUGAUGAAGAGUAUUGGACAGCAGCAUGGUUGAGAGCAGAAAGUCACUGGGAGAAUCGAUCAUAUGAAAGAUAUGUUGAUAACUUCAAAAGGAAAUUUGCUGAGCAGGAAUUUCAUGCAUUAAAGAGACGGUGCAAGGUGCAAAACGGUGAUAGCUGCGCAUGCAUCAUCACGGUGAGGAAGGAGCAGAAGAAUGCAAAACACUCAAUAUUAAAAAGUGUUGUAGGAACCCUUGAUUUGAACAUCCGAUAUUUGCUUCAAGGGGAGACUUACCCUGGGGAACGGGUAAAGGCUCCCCUUUUUUGCUGCAUCAACAGAACACCACCAAGCAGAUAUGGUUACAUUGCAAACUUGUGCGUUAUCAAAUCAGCUCGGCGCCAGGGAAUUGCAAGCAACAUGUUGUCAUUUGCUAUUGGAGCUGCAAAAUCUAAUGCAGGUGUGACACAGGUAUAUGUGCAUGUGGACAAAAAUAAUAGUCCUGCACAAAUAUUGUACCAAAAGAUGGGUUUUGAGAUGGUUGAAAUGGCAAACUCCCAGUUGGUGGAACAAACAUACUUACUGCGAUUACAGACCUAAAAUACUAAGGAUAGCUUCGGAAAAGUUGUGAAUUUCAGAAUUUAAGUAGAUAAUGUAACCAUCAUAGAGCUGUAAGAUGUAAAUGCAUGUAGGUGUCCAUGUUUGUACCUAACUAAGGUAACAAAUUUCGAUUAUUUAUCCCUCUUCAUUUUCAAUGUGUGGAUAUUUAAUUCUGUAGCUUGUAUAGGUAUCAUAUAUUCUUCCUGAAAUUAUAUGUAUUGAAGAAAAAUAAAUUUGGGGGUAAUUUAAAAAACAAACUCAGAUGUAUUGGAUUUGAAAAGGGUGAAGUUAUUUCUUAUUGCAACAUUA